UAAAGGUAAAAAUAAAAACAACGGAGGCGUUUCUGACUGAAUGGAACAUUCCAGACAGUUGGUUCUUUCCAGCUCUGCACCGCUCUGUCUGUGGGAUGUACUGAUAGCUUUGUGUAUUGCUAUUUUUCUACACAUUUUUAAAUUUCAUCUAAGAAAGAGGGGAUCCACAGGCCGGCAACAUGUCGAGUAAAAGGGCCAAGGGGAAGAACACCAAGAAGCGUCCCCAGCGGGCCACCUCCAAUGUGUUUGCCAUGUUUGAUCAGUCUCAGAUCCAGGAGUUCAAAGAGGCUUUUAACAUGAUCGACCAAAACAGAGAUGGAUUUAUUGACAAAGAAGAUCUCCAUGACAUGCUCGCCUCAUUAGGUAAAAAUCCUACUGAUGAGUACCUGGAAGCCAUGAUGAAUGAAGCCCCUGGCCCCAUAAACUUCACCAUGUUUCUGACCAUGUUUGGAGAGAAGCUGAACGGCACAGAUCCAGAGGAGGUGAUCCGUAACGCUUUUGCCUGCUUCGACGAGGAGGGUACAGGUGUGAUCCAGGAGGAGUACCUGCGGGAGCUGCUAACUACCAUGGGCGACAGGUUUACCGAUGAAGAAGUGGACGAGCUCUUCCGCGAGGCGCCGAUUGACAAGAAAGGCAACUUCAACUAUGUAGCUUUCACGCGUAUUUUAAAACAUGGCGCCAAGGACAAGGACGAUUAGUGAUGAGGGAUGUGCCUUUCGAGGUUCAUCCUGUACUCCAUUUGCAUCUUUAAAUGGGAUUUUAUUUUAUUUAGAUCAGCUUUAUCCUUAGUUUGGCUCUUGAAUAAGCUUCUCUAUGGUAUAGCUUAUUGAAGGUCAUUUGUUUAAGCUGCUUCCUGGACCUCUGGGUCCCCUUCCAACCCUCAUUUCAGAGCUCAUUUUGCACAUCUGUGACGACACUACAGGGUCUAUGUAUGUAGACCUAAUGGAGAAAGGUGGAAAUAACCGAUGUGAGGCGUUUGCUUAAGAAUAAAUAACUUGUGUUUUUGUAGGAAUGUUUUGACAUUAAAUUGUGUUCUGAGGCCA